CGCAGCUGAUUCUGCCCACCCACCGCCCGCGGCUUCAUCAGUGCAUCCUCCCCCUCCCGCGGUAGAAUCUCUAGGCUGCUAUUGAUUAUGCCAUGUGUCAAGGUUCUCGAGGUACGACCACGAGGGGGCAUAAAUACGCCAGCAUGCCUCUUCUGUUGGAUUAUGCGAGGCAGCAACCUUCGAAGUGAAAGUCAAAUCCCAUCUCUGCCCCGCACUCAGUACAUCAUGGAAACAGAAGCACCCGCCGAGCCUACUGGUACCAUCCUUGUCGUCCUCUCGGAUGCGUCCUCGCCGUUGGAGAGGAAGGACGGCGAUGUAGUGCACGAAGAGACAGCCACGUUCGUUGCAGAGCUUGCGAAGCCCCUCGAACAGCUACUUGACGCGGGCUAUGAGGUUACUUUCGCUUCACCUUCUGGGCGGAAACCCUCUCUCUCUCCACUCAGCAACUCCCUCCUCUCUCACCUUCUCGCAUACUACGCCCGCAAGCCAACACUCUCCCAACUCCAGAAACAGCGCGCCGAGUCUGCGCUCGCUUCCCCCCGCUCAUUCGCGAGCGUGACGGACGAAGAGGUCGACAACUUUGAGGGCGUGUUCGUACCGGGAGGGAAGACGCCCAUGAUGGAGCUGGGGGAGGAUGCGGAGCUGGGGAGGCUGUUGUGGGGAUUCCAUAAUUUGGGAAAGCCCACAGCUGCGCUCUACCAUGGUGUUUACGCGUUGCUCUCCACACUCCAUGCGUCCGAGUAUUCGGGCUUCGCAUACCCUGGAUACCGCAUAACUACCUUCUCCAACCCCGAUGAGAAGUCCAACGCUCCCAACAGCGGACCCCUGAUCUCCAAUAUGGAGGAUGCGCUCAAAGCCGCCGGGGCGACGCUAGUGAGCGAGAAGGACCAGCGGGAAAUGGGCGAGAUCACACAUGAUCGGGAGCUUGUCACUGCUGGCAACUUUACGGGGGCGAAGACGCUCGCCGAGGAGUUUUUGGAAAUGCUCACCGGGGGAUACUGAUCAUGGCGAUCCGUAGGGGCGAGAUUGUGCGCUGAGCAAGUAAAGAAGAUAAUAGAUCGAUUUGA